AUGGACUGCUGCAUGAGCGCCGGUGGGUCGAGGGUCAUCGGGAGCGUGAGGCGCCUGAGGGACUGGAGGCGGCUGGCUUUUGGGAAGAUCGAGUUGGUUCCAUACUUAAAUACCAAAGACGUCAACUUUGUCAGCUUCAACCACUCUUCUCCUCUGCCUGAGAUUUCGAGCUUCGAAUCUUCACAAUACUCAAAUGUAAAUUGCUCUAAGUUUAUCAGUUCUGGAAGAUUAGAGACCGAGACUGAGGUGCUUAGCUCCUUCAAAUUUUUCGGAAGUUCCAUUGCAUUUUCUUCCUUCACUUUAAUUGCUCUGAGGAUCUUUAGAGAUGGCAAGGUCACUAUGUCGAAGAGAACUUGGGACAAGUUCUCGCCCUUGCACGAGCUGAUAUUUAGCUCCCGAAGCCCCUGA